AUGUCCACCAGAGUCCCCACGAGGGCCUCCGCCUCCUUUCGCGGAUGUUUCUGCUGCCUUUUUCUCCUCUUCGUGUGUAUUGCUCUAUUAAUCCUUGUUAUUAUCCUCGUAAUUGUACUGGCUGUGAAACCGAAGAAACCGGAGUUCGAUCUCCAGCAAGUGGAGGUUCAGUACGUGGGAAUUAGCCCCACCACCCCGUCCUCCGCCGCUGUCUCUCUCACUAUCCACAUGCUUUUCACCGCCGUCAAUGACAACAAGGUAGGCAUCAAGUACAGUGAGUCCAAGUUCACGGUCAUGUACCGCGGUAUCCCUCUGGGUCGGGGCAUCGUUCCCGGAUUUUAUCAACCCGCCCAUAGCGUCCGGCAGGUCGAGACUACUAUUGCCGUCGACCGGGUUAGCUUGCUUCAGACUGAUGCUGCUAAUUUGAUAAGGGAUGCCUCGUUGAAUGACAGGGUCGAGUUGCGGGUCGAAGGUGAUAUCGGUGCAAAGAUCCGGAUUCUUGGGUUCACUUCACCUGGUGUGCAGGUAUCGGUAGAUUGUGCAAUAGUGAUCAGUCCUAGAAAGCAAGCUGUAACGAGCAAGCAGUGCGGAUUUGAUGGCCUCAGCGUAUGA